GAAUUUCGCGAACAAAACCGUUCUGUCAUCGCGGCCGCAGCAAUUUUUGGUCAGCAAAGUUUUGUAAUUCGAUUCCAAGUUUAAUCGCUACCCAAUUCCAUCUUUCCCGUGCCGUAUACGAAUCGCGCGCGCGCCCCGCAUACCUUUUUUCCGAGCAGCCAUGUCCGACAACGAGGAGCUGGUGAAAAAGUUCGCCGACGUGACCGGAGUGUCCGAGGAUCGGGCCAAGUUUUAUCUGGACGCGGCCAACGGGGAGCUGCAGGUUGCGUUGUCCAGCUUUUACGAGGGGGAUAACGAUCCGGCCGAGGGAGGAGCUCCCAUCCCGUUGGACGACGACGACGAUGAUGAUUCGGACGACGACAACGUUCCGAUGGACACGGUUCAGUUUUCCCGUUCAGACGCCAAAGCCAAGGCCAAGAAGGCCCCGAAAUCGUCAAACAUUGCAACUCUGUCCUCGCUGAACGAUUCCUCCUCGGAGGACGAGGACGAAAAGGGUCAGGCGUUCUACGCCGGUGGUUCGGAACGCUCCGGUCAGCAGGUGCUAGGGCCGCCGAAGAAGAAUCCAAUUAAGGAUUACGUGUCGGAGAUAUUCCGGUCGGCCCAGCAGGGUCACAUGGAGACGUUCGACGGCGAUUCCAGUCCGAGUUCGAGCUCGUCGUUGUACGCCGGAAUGGGUUACCGGCUGGGACAGACCGACACCGACCACCAGGCCGUCCCCGACAGGAACCGUCCGUCGGGUAGCGCCGGUGGCGCCGCAUCUGGCCACAAUCACGAGGUGGUCACGCUGACCCUGUGGCGGCAGGGCUUUUCCAUUAACGACGGCGAGCUGCGCCGUUACGAGGACGCGGCCAACAAGGAAUUCUUCGAAUCCAUUAUGCGGGGUGAAAUUCCGGCCGAGCUGCGCUCGAAGGGACCGACCAUGAUUCAUCUGGACUUGAAGGAUAACCGCCACGAGGAUUACGUCAAGCGGUCGGCGCCGUUCCGGGCGUUCGGCGGAAGUGGCCAAACGCUGGGUAGUCCGGCGCCGAACGUCGUGCAGAGCGGAUCGUCGGGAGCGCCGGCGGCAGCAGCAACUCCCGGGGACAAUGCGGAGAACGAGAAGAGUGCCGCCGCCGAGCUGGCCGUGGACGACGCCCAGCCCACGACCACGCUGCAGAUUCGCCUGGCGGACGGAUCCCGCCUGACGGCCCGCUUCAACCAGACCCACACGGUCGAGAACGUGCGGCAGUACGUGGCCCGGUCCCGGCCCCAGUACGCCGCCCAGAGUUUCGCCCUGCUGACGACCUUCCCGAGCAAGGAGCUAACCGACGGCGGCCAAUCGCUCAAGGAUGCCGGCCUGCUGAACGCGGCCAUCAUGCAGCGGCUCAAGUAGAGGGAGCAUGAAUUUAGAGGAGAACUUUUUGGCGCAGUGGAAAUGAAUUUGAUUUUUCUUCCUUUCAUUCUUUCUUUUAGUUGACGCUUAGAAAACGUUCCGAAAAACACGCGCGCCCCUCGAAGGUGUGCAAGCUCUGUCUGAUUUGUAUGAUUUUGAACGAAGUAAAACUGUCUCUUAGUCGAUGACGGAAUGUCAGAAGUGUGAUUGCAAAAAAAAAAGAAUAAAAAUAAAACGCAACUGGUUUAAUUGAA